AUGGGCCCCCGAACUAAGCCUCCGUUGAAACGGAGCAAGAAAGAAAAGAAAGAUCCCAAUAUCAUAACUUUUUCCAACGGAAAGACUCUGUCGCUGGAAGCAUAUCUCGCCAACCCAAAACCCAAGCCGUCGCCUGCAUCUGCUCAGCCGCCUACUGAGCCGUCGUCGGCUGAGGCAACCUCAACCCUGGGCACUACUUCCAAGGAUCCUGCCGAGGAGGUGAAGCUCAAGGUCAAGGAACAGGCACCUAAACGAAAAUGGGACGACAGGAAAAGCAAAGACGAUGAGAAGAAGAGCCACGAGGGGGUCAAGCCUAGACCUCAGAAGGACCCCAAAACCUGGCAACGGCAUUGCAAACCGGAACAGAGAAACACCGAUGACAAGGGCCUUCUUAAGGAACGUCAGAAGCUUCCGAUUGCACAGAACCGUGGCGACAUCCAAAAGGCCGUUCAAGAUUCGGAUGUCCUGCUCCUUGUUGGUGAGACUGGCUCAGGAAAGAGUACCCAGGUGCCCCAGUUCCUAUAUAAGGAGCCAUGGUGCCAACGCCAAAGCGUCAAACUGGAGUCUGGAAGAGAGGUGUCAGUCGGCGGCAUGAUUGCCAUCACGCAACCUCGCCGUGUGGCUGCUACAACAUUGGCAAAUCGCGUGGCACGUGAGGCAGGGACACCGCUCAAAAACGGCAGUGGUCGUCAGGAAGGGGCCGUGGGGUACUCCGUGAGAUUUGAUCACAACGUUCCUCGAGGGACAAGAAUCAAAUUUCUUACCGAGGGCAUGCUGCUUCAAGAGCUUCUGCAGGACCCCAACCUGCGGGACUACAGCGCUAUCAUCGUCGAUGAGAUCCACGAGAGGAGUCUGGAUGUCGACCUUCUCGUCGGCUUUCUUAAACAGAUUGUGGCCAGCAACAAAGAGGGACGAGGAGGUAUCCCGCUCAAGGUCAUCAUCAUGAGUGCGACGGCUGAUGUGGAUGUCAUCAAGGGCUUUUUCAGCGACAUUUCCCCUGCGGGCCAGCAGGAGGAUGCGGUUCAGGUCCUUCGGAUCAAGGGACGACAGUUUCCUGUCGAGACUAUCCACGAGCGGGAGCCCGUGGCAGACAUCACUGAUGCACUUGUGGAUACUGUGAUGAAGAUUCACACGCAGGAGCAGUUUCCCGGCGACAUUCUCGGAUUCCUCGUUGGCCAGGAGGGGAUUGAGGAGGCCCAGAAGUUGAUUGAGGAGCGGGCAUCAGCGCUCCCCUCUAAUGUGCCAAAGAUCAAGGUGGUGCCCUUGUUCGGGCAGAUGUCCAACGAGGCGCAACGAGAAGCUUUCAUGCCCGCCAAGACGCACUUCACGCGCAAGGUGGUGCUGGCGACAAACAUUGCCGAAACAUCAGUCACGGUACCGGGUGUCCGGUAUGUAGUUGAUGGCGGAAAGGCGAAGGUCAAGAAGUAUCGAGCACAGCUGGGCAUGGAAUCACUGCUACCCAAGCCCAUCUCCCAGUCGUCAGCCGUGCAGCGGAGGGGUCGAGCCGGCCGUGAGGGGCCGGGAAAGUGUUUCAGGCUAUAUACCGAGGAAGGGUUCAAGGGGCUUCGCGAGGUUGAUGUACCCGAGAUUCUGCGUACCGACGUGACUGGAGCGGUGCUUACCAUGAAGGCUCGAGGCGUGCAAGACAUUCUCAACUUUCCAUUGAUCGAUUCGCCGGACCUCGAGGCAAUGCAAAAAGCCAUGUUGCACCUGCAUUUCCUGGGGGCUGUGGACGAGAAGGGUGCCAUCACGACAAUGGGUGAGAAGAUGGCAAGACUACCCGUCCCUGUACCUCUGGCAGCCGUGCUGUUUUGGGCUUCCAAGCCGCAAUUUGACUGCGUACUUGAAGCCGUCGACAUCAUCUCGUGCAUCACGUCUGGCGGUGACUUGUUUGUGCACCUCCAAUCAGAGGAGCAGCAGGAGGAGAUGGAGGAAGCGCGCAAGGAGCUCAAGCGCCGCGAGGGCGACAUCAUCACAUAUCUGACGACGAUGCAGAGAUACGCGUCGGAGAAUGCGGACCGCACAGACUGGUGCAAGAAACGGGGCAUCAACGGGCGCAAUAUGAAACUCGCUCUCAGCAUCCGGAGGCAGCUGCGCAGCAUGUGCGUCAACAAUGGACUCCUCACCGAGGCGCCCCCGGCCGACCCGCAGCCGUUUGAGCCCAUCUCACCAGAGAGGGCUGAGGCAGUGAUCAAGUGCUUCCUUCGGGGCUUCGCCAACAAGACGGCGGUGCUGCAGCCAGACGGAAGCUACAGCACGACGGAGGGGAAGCACACAGUGUCGAUACACCCGUCGAGCGUGUUGCAUGGGAAGAAGAAGGAGGCCAUCAUGUUUCUGGAACACGUUUAUACACAAAAGAAUUACGGAAAGAAGGUGAGCGCCAUCCAGGCGUCUUGGAUUCUCGAACCAUACGAGGAACGGUACAAUUCAUUCACGCGAUAG